AUGAUGGCCAGAAACCUUUGCAAUAACCAUCACACUCAUGUAGGAUCUGAUGAGCAUGCCAUGGCAUAUCAUGCAGAUGGAGAAGAAGAAAACCUGGAGAGACCAGCCAAAAGAAUCCGCAGUGAUCAGAGCCGUUUCAAAAGACGUAGAAUCUCUCAGGUUCCCCCAGUUGAUACGAACAAAGUUGCAGUGCUUGACAUUCCAAUUUCUGGCCAUGAAUCUGUGGAUCCGAAUCCUGAGACAAACGUCUCUGGACCCAUAGCUCCUGUGCCUUCCAGGUCCGAACCAUGGAAGAAUGUCCUGGAUGCUGCCAGAUCUUUGCCAAACUCCGAAUCUGUGCCAAUGAAUGUUCGUGACCUUAGUCUUGGUGACAAUGGCCCGACCGACGAGCCAGAAUCUGCAGUGCGGGCCGUGGUGGGAGGGUUUGUGGACUUCGCUGUAGGAUCGGCGAUGAGCUGCUGCGAUGAUCAAUUCUCCUUGUGCUUCUCUGGCAACGAGUCUCGCACUGUAGAGGUGCAGCGUGUUGACACCGAGCUUGGCUGGUGGCAGCAGGUGGCGGCUUUCAAGAACGAUCCCAUUUCCAAGGAAUUGCCAGAGCCGCCAUGGUAUUUGCGUUUGUACGAGGUCACAGCCCAAGUUGUGUUUCAUCAUGGCAACUUCAUAGGUCUCUUUUCAGCUCACAUCUCCGUGAUGGUUUUCGUGACGGUCUCUGCGGGCUACACGGCAGCCGCGGCUUUGGCCGGGGCUGCCACCGUGCUAGAGAUGACAAAGGCUGGUCGAUCAGCGAUGGAGAUCUUGGGCUGGCGCAGACCCGAGCGAACCAUGCUGAGCGCGGCAGAGAAAACCUUUAAUUGUCAUCUAUGGAUUGGUUUCACCUGGCGUCCCUGCGUACUGGGGAUGGCUGGCGAUUUGUUGGUGCUCAGCGGUCGCUUUGUGGAGGAAGCGAGGUUGAUGGAAUCAGCGCAUGUGUCCGUGCAGGACUUCUAUGCCUCAGUGGCACUGCUGGUGGGGGAUCCUCUUCAGCUCUGCUUUCACAGCGCUGAGGAGGCGCAAAGCUUUGCCAUGGAGGUGACCAAGCGGGCCUGUCUGAAGAAAGACAUGAUGAAGUUGGCAGACCAGGCUAAAGAUCUACGUGAGAGUCUGAGCAGUGCCACUUUGAGCAGCGACCGUUCGAAACAAAACCCGUCGUCGCGCUCAUCGCGACGGCCCUCGAAGACAGCGGAAAAGCAGAAGGAGGCGCAGGCGCAGGCGCAGGCCUUGCGAACUCGCCUGGCUGUGCCCAAGGGAGUGCCCAUGUACACCCUAUCGCCUUGCGCCUCCGGAGAUUUACAUGUGGAUGAGAUUCCAAGGCUCCCCGUGCCGUCCUUCAAGGCCCCUGCGCUGGCACCACCCCCGGUGGCGCCCCUGACGAUUCCACGCGAGAGCUCUGAGAGCUCGUUGCAAGCUGAGAUGCCGAAGAAUCCUCAAAUUCCAACGCUGAAGAUCAAUCGCGCCAACAGCUGCCCGUCUCCUAGCAAACUUCAGCUCAGCGGCGACAGCAGCACGGCGUCCUUGAGCUCCGACUUCGCAGAGCUCGCGCGCCGUGGCAGCACCGGCAGCCUGGGCGACGGCGACGACGGCGGCCGCUUUGGUGCGGAGCGGACAUCGCUUCGACGCCACAGCGAGACGCCUCAGAUGCUGAUCACGUCGCCGAGGGAUCCAGAGAGCUUUGCGUCCAAGGUCUUCAUGGGACUUGGAUUGGAUUCUGCGAAGGCUUCCCUAGUGGCGCAGAAGCGCGUGGAUGUGCUGAAGACCAAACUCGAAGCCGCCAAAGGCAAUUCCAGUUGCAGCUCUUCUCCUUCGAUGGCGCCAAGUGUUUGA